UCGUGACCGACACAAUUUAGUUCGAUAUAUUUCACUCGAUAUACAUUGGAUUUGGUUAAUAUCUACAAACAAAUAAUAAAAAUAUUGCCAAGCUGUUAGAAUGGCAGAUGCGACGAUGGAUAACUCCGGCAGACUUGUGAAGAUGGAGAUGGACUAUAGCAGUACUUGUGACAUGAAGAUUCCUGAAUGCAAGAAACUCGCUUCCGAAGGAAAGCUGCACGAUGCCUUGGAUCAGUUAUUAGCUUUAGAGAAACUCACUAGAACCGGUGCUGACAUGCUGUCAACGUCCAGACUUCUUGUAGCCAUAGUCGAGAUUUGUUUGGAAGCGAAAAAUUGGUCAGCGCUUAAUGAACACAUCAUUUUAUUGUCAAAGAGGCGUUCCCAGCUCAAGCAGGCUGUUACAAAAAUGGUUCAGGAAUGUUGUACUUACAUAGACAAAAUGCCUAACAAAGAAACUAUGGUGAAACUGAUAGAAACUCUUCGUUCGGUCACAGAAGGAAAGAUAUAUGUCGAGGUGGAAAGAGCGAGACUUACUAAUCGCUUAGCCAAAAUAAAAGAAGCGGAAGGAGACAUUGUGGGAGCUGCAGCUGUAAUGCUUGAAUUACAGGUGGAAACAUACGGCAGUAUGUCACGUCGGGAAAAGGCCUCCCUCAUCUUAGAACAGAUGAGACUUUGUUUGGCAAAGCAAGAUUUUAUGAGAACUCAAAUCAUAGCAAAGAAAAUUAACGUCAAGUUCUUCAGUGAUGAGAACGACGAGGAAACUCAGACACUGAAAUUAAAAUAUUACGAUUUGAUGAUGGAAUUGGCGCGUCAUGAAGGUUGGCAUUUGGAGUUGUGUCGACAUAACCGAGCAGUAUUGGAAACUCCAACGAUUCGGGACGAUCCGGAGAAAAGACAUUCUGCGCUUUCUCGAGCGGUCCUCUAUCUCGUACUCGCGCCGCACGAACCUGAGCAGGCUGAUCUAACUCACAGAUUACUUGCUGAUAAACUCCUCGAUGAGAUACCAACUUACAAGGAAUUAUUGCGUUUAUUUGUUAAUCCCGAGCUGAUAAAAUGGUCAGGAUUAUGCGAAAUUUAUGAAAGAGAUCUUAGAUCAACCGAAGUCUUUUCAUCUUCAACUGAAGAAGGAUGCAAACGAUGGGCAGAUCUGCGGAACCGUGUUGUAGAACACAACAUAAGGAUCAUGGCGAAAUAUUACACCAAGAUUACGUUAACUCGCAUGGCUGAGUUGUUGGAUCUUCCGACUGAAGAAACAGAAGCAUGUCUUUGCAACUUGGUAGAGACUGGAGUAAUUAGCGCGCGUACGGAUCGUCCAGCUGGCGUAGUCCGUUUUACUGGGACACAAGAGCCAGCCGCUCUUCUAGAUACAUGGGCUGCAUCGUUAUCGAAAUUGAUGGGCCUUGUGAAUCAUACUACACAUUUAAUUCAUCAAGAGGAAAUGUUGGCCGUUGCGCAAUCUUAAAAUUGGUAUACAUAUUACGCUCGUGUACAUCGUAUCUCAUGUUAUAUACACUUCAAUUGUGUUUUCAUUCAACAAUAGCAUAUUAUUAUUUGCAGAUUUAUUAACAAGUUAACAUGAGUUACGAUUUUGGAUUGUAAAAAUACUGUUUUUGUAUAUUUGCUACGUAACUCACACACAGCUACCAUACUUAAACGAUAUUGAAAAUGUAGAUCAUUCAAUAUGGAAAUAAGAUCAUACGCAUUACGAAUA